CCAAUUUGCAAAAAAAAAAUUUCUCAAUGCGGUCACAUUAGGCUAUCGAAAGCCGCCGUUUUUCUGCUUUGCUACCCGGUAAAAUGAGUUUUGUGCUUCAAUAAAUAGGAAAUAAAACCAAUUCUCCGUUGCCGAUCGCAUCCUGAGACCAAAAACGAUCCAAGAGCGCGGACAACUAAGAAGCUUCCCAGCAAGGAGUUGCAAGUGAACAGUUUUCGUGUCCCCAUUGAUUUUUUCUACCCCGCUUCAGCUGACAAAGUAGCAAUUGCUCAUUCGGAGAAACAGUUUGGCAAAAUGUCGCGGCAUCCCAGCGAUAGAAAGGUUUAUGUCGGAGACCUGGGCAACAAUGCCCGCAAGAACGACCUGGAGUAUGUGUUUGGGGCCUAUGGAAGUCUUCGAAGUGUCUGGAUCGCUCGCAACCCACCGGGCUUCGCCUUUGUAGAGUUUGAGAGCGCCAGGGACGCGGCGGACGCCGUGCGUGGAUUGGAUGGCCGGACUGUGUGCGGACGCAGGGCUCGUGUGGAGCUGUCCACGGGCAAAUACGCCAGAUCCGGCGGAGGCGGUGGUGGCGGAGGAGGAGGUGGCGGCGGUGGAGGAGGAGGACGCGACCGUGGUGGCGGCGGUGGAGGAAGGGGCGACGAUAAGUGCUACGAGUGUGGCGGACGCGGACACUUUGCACGCCAUUGCCGUGAUCGGAAGGCCAGGCAGCGACGCAGAAGCAACUCGUUCAGCAGAUCACGCAGUACAUCCCGUCGCCGACGCACUCGCUCCAAAUCCGGUACCCGUUCACGCAGCCGUUCUGCUGGAUCCGCCGGCCGCCGCUCUGGACGAUCAAAUGGACGCGAGGAGAAUGGAUCGGUGACCCGAUACAGUGACCAUGAGCGCAACGGUAGCGGAGCUGUGGAAUCACCGCCACCACCGAAGAGGCGCUAUGACGACGAUGAUGAUGACCGCGUUAGGGCUUCACGUUCAAGAUCCCGAUCUAGGUCGGCGUCACCGGCAGCGCGUCGUGGAUCGCCGCCCAGGCGCCGUGGCGAUUCGUCCGCCUCGCGAUCACCGUUCAGGGACUAGCGACACCGGAUGGAGGCAGACGAGGCCAGAAUGGCGAAUAACCGGCCCUGAGAGCUGCAACCCCAAAUGCCGGAGAAGUGGGGCGACUGGCAACUGGACUUCCCGCAUUCCCAAUCCUUACAUAUAUAGCAAGACAGAUUUCCAAAUACUUUUCAUGCAGUAUCCUCCCGUUUUAAAGUUUAGUUGUCCAGAUCCAUAUUAGUUAAGGACUUAAUUUAUAGUGGAACUCGAGUAUAGACGCACUUGAGUAUUAUUCUGUUCCAUAAGAAAAGAAAAGGUGAAGCACAUGCUAAGGAAGAGAGCUUUUUUUGAAUGUCAUCAUCUGACAGAGGAAGAGAUUUAAGAACGGAUCGGCAGACGAUUAGUGUAUCGAUCUAGUCAAGUUUGCUUUGUAAAACUUAUUUGCUUUUGAAAUUAUUAAAUUGCUAACCCUGGAAUCAUACUCGAAUGCUAACUAAGGAGACGAGACGAAGCACCAUUUUCAUGUCAAUUCUAAACAUUUUUUUUGAUGGCCCAUAAUAAUACAAUCUCAAUACAUUUGAUAAUUCGACUCCAACUCUG